AAAGUGGGGAAGACGACAAUUAAAAACUCACAAUAAAAACCAAAAUAGGUCUACAACUGCUGUUGGGCGGUCAGACAACAGCGAACAGGCCUCAGCGUUACAGGAAGUGGUGUAAAGGCGCAGUUUCUAGCUUUAGCUACCUGACGGCGACAACAGGUGCAACAGGUGAACAGCCUGACGCUAUCAGCUAGCCUAUAGUCACGCGUAGAAAACAAACACUUACCAUUUUGAACCUGCGCCAAAAGAUAUCAACACAUCAAGCGAUUAAAAAAUAUGACACUUUUAACCCUUACAGCGGGUCAACUGGUCCGGCUGAGCGCAUAUCUGUCCGUCGUCCACUCCACUCAGUGUGAAAGUUGCUUAACUCCGCCCUCCUGACCGCAGGAGGAGCGGUGCCUGCCGGACGCGUCACCAGACCUCGCAACCAUCUGGAUUGGUUAUUGCAGAUGUGUGACAGGGAUGCACCCGAGCAGCAGCCCAUCACGACAUGCUAAGGUUGACCACGUGACGUAAAUGUGCCAAGCGUUUUAAUGAAUGAGUUGAUUAAACUUUUGACAUAACCUGACUGUCAGCCGCGAGUGUUAUUUCCACGCAGCGUCGGCAGAGAGCAGCGCAGGCUCUCUCCAUCUGCCUGAUUCAUGUGAUACCUACUGGUCUGUCACAGUGGUUGACAGGGACUGGCAAGCUGGUACACUUUUUGGGAAUAACAUGUCUCUGUAUCGAAAUGCUAUCUGGUUUUUGAAUGGAAUUCACCAAUAUACAAGGAAGGGACAUGGGGCAGCGUCUAAAGACUUCAACCCCCAAGACCUGAAUGUGUCCGUAGUGGGAAGGUCUUUUAUGAUCACCGGAGCCAACAGCGGAAUUGGCAGAGCGACAGCCAUGGCUAUAGCCAAGAAAGGCGGGACAGUCCACUUGGUGUGCAGGAACAAAGAUAAGGCAGAAGAGGCCAGGGUGGACAUUGUCAGUGAGUCUGGGAAUACGGAAGUAUACAUCCAUGUAGUGGACAUGUCAGAGACACGCAAAGUCUGGGAGUUUGCAGAGGCCUUCAAGAAGCAGUAUCCAUCCUUGAAUGUGUUGAUAAAUAAUGCAGGGUGCAUGGUGCACAAGAGAGAGGUGAAUGCUGAGGGGCUGGAGAGGAACUUUGCCACCAAUAUUAUGGGGGUGUACAUCCUCACCCAGAGUCUCAUACCACUUCUACAGAAGAGCCGGGAUCCGAGGGUGAUCACUGUGUCCUCGGGAGGCAUGCUGGUCCAGGAACUCAGAGUUAAUGACUUGCAGUCAGAGAGGGGCCGCUUUGAUGGUGUCAUGGUCUACGCCCAGAACAAGAGACAGCAGGUGGUGCUGACACAACAGUGGGCCAAAGCCAACCCGGUCAUUCACUUUUCUGUGAUGCAUCCAGGCUGGGUAGACACACCAGCUGUUUCUACAUCAAUGCCUCAGUUCCACCAGAGGAUGGGGGAGAGGCUGCGUAGUGUAGAGCAAGGAGCUGACACUGUUGUGUGGUUGGCCUUGUCCAGAGCUGCUGCCAGAACACCCAGCGGCCAGUUCUUUCAAGAUCGCAGGCCUGUUCCCACCCACCUGCCUCUGGCCUGGACUCACAGUUCUGCUGAGGAGAUUCAGAGUUUCAUGACUCAGCUGGAGACUCUGGCCAAAGCCAUUCAGUCACAACCUGAUGCAAAGCCUGACAGCUCUUCCAGCCCUCACUUGGUCUGAACUGUGAUAUUAAUGUUGCACCAUAUGUCACGAAUCCAGUAAAGCAUUAGUUACAGUAAGAUCAAUAUCUGAAACUAUUGGCAUAUUUGUCAUGCUUAUUCUUCUUUGUCUAAUGCACCUCCUAAUUUUACCCAUUUAUUUAAAAUUUAUUUUUCAGGACAGUGCAUAGCUCAGUGUCACCUUAUAUCUGUGAUGUCAACGUGUCAUCUGGACUGCAUUGAACAUGUAAUUAACUAUUGAUUUGUAGACAAAAGUCAUUGAUUUGGAAUGAACAUCUCAUUAGCAGUUACUGAAUGCAUGUGCAAUGCAUGACAAAACAUGGUUAUAUCUGGUUACCUGUAAACACGUGCAUGUCUGUAAUGUAUGUGAUAAAACAGGAUUCCAUUGAGGAUCACACAUGGAAGUGUAUUUGUGUCUGAACAGUAGUCUGCAGUGCUGACAUCUUAGAUGUGCAGUAGUUACUGUUCCGCUUUGUGCUGACACUUCUGAAGUUAUUAGAUAUUUGCAUUAAGUGGUAAUUAUAAUGGAACAUUAAAAGCCCAGUCUGAUGAA